GUAUUGUUUAACCUUGUUUUUAUGUUAAGAGAUUUGAACGAUCUCACUGACAGUGACAGUGGAGUUCUAAGUACUUCAGCUAGUAAAAGCGAACCAUUCGUUCCUAAGCUUUUGGAUAAGUGAGAACGCGGUUUAUCUAGUGAUUUUUAAAAUUGUUAUGCAUGUUUUAUUUUAUUAGUCAAAAAUUUUGUGCAAUACGCCAAUUCCAUAAAGAGUGAAGAGAACUUUUUUAAAUAUUCUUAAAGCAUUGCCAGAUGCCAGUACGUUCUGCGAAUCCGAUACGCGCUAAAAGUUUAAUCCGCGGUAAUUUGGAAAAACAAACUAGUAAUAUUAUAUUACGCCCCAGAAUGCCAAACAUUAAAGUGUUUUCGGGUACCUCGCAUCCAGAAUUGGCACAAAGGAUUGUCGAACGUUUAGGUAUUGAUUUGGGAAAAGUAGUGACGAAAAAGUUUAGUAAUUUGGAAACAUGUGUCGAAAUUGGUGAGUCUGUACGUGGUGAAGAUGUUUACAUCGUUCAGUCUGGAUCAGGUGAAAUUAAUGAUAACUUAAUGGAGCUCCUGAUUAUGAUAAACGCCUGUAAGAUUGCAUCAGCUUCGCGUGUCACAGCUGUAAUUCCUUGUUUUCCUUAUGCCCGCCAAGACAAAAAAGAUAAGGUAAUUUCCAAGUUGUCUAACGCCGAUGAGUGUGAUGAGCGCAAAAAGUUUGCCAUGAAAAACCACGAUUGGAAAUUUAGGAGUCGUGCUCCAAUCUCGGCGAAAUUGGUAGCAAAUAUGCUAUCAGUGGCCGGUGCAGAUCACAUAAUAACCAUGGAUUUACAUGCUUCACAAAUUCAGGGUUUCUUCGAUAUACCAGUGGAUAAUUUGUAUGCAGAACCAGCAGUUUUAAAGUGGAUUAAAGAAAACAUUCCAGAAUGGAAAAAUUCAAUUAUAGUAUCUCCCGAUGCAGGUGGUGCUAAGCGCGUAACGUCGAUCGCUGAUCGUCUCAAUGUAGAGUUUGCCUUGAUUCACAAAGAGCGAAAGAAGGCAAAUGAGGUGGCAUCUAUGGUACUUGUGGGUGAUGUAAAGGAUAAAAUUGCCAUUUUAGUUGAUGACAUGGCUGAUACAUGCGGAACAAUUGUACAUGCUGCUGAUCGGCUUGUAGAAGCAGGCGCUCUCAAGGUUUAUGCCAUACUGACACAUGGUAUUUUCUCAGGACCGGCGAUAUCGCGUAUUAAUAACGCCUGUUUUGAGGCUGUUGUAGUAACAAACACUAUACCACAGGAUGGACACAUGAGAGAUUGUCCCAAAGUACAGUGUAUUGAUGUUUCAAUGAUGUUUGCUGAAGCGGUUAGGAGAACACACAAUGGCGAGAGUGUCUCGUAUCUUUUCUCAAAUGUUCCAUACUAGAUGUCAAUAGAUUGCCAUUGCUACCUUAUAACAUUGAACUUCAAGAUAAAUUUUAUUUUAUUAAAGUUAAUCAUUAUUACCGAAAUUAAUUACAGCGUUAUAACCACUAUUUUAUUUUUACAACAAAUUUAUUACUUUCAAAAAUAUAUUAAGUUGAUGAAAUCAAAAUAGAAAAACUACAAUGAAAAUUAAAUAAUUAGAUUAAGUAAAUCUGGAAUCUGGCUUUACGGGGGAGUAAAAUAUUUAUUUUAGUUGAUACAUUUGACGACUUGUUAUAAAUCAUGCAAAUAUUUAAUGCAGUUUUUUCAUAAAAAUUUAUUGAUAUUAUGAAAUCUGUUAAAAAAAGUAAAUUAUUUUAAAAUAUCUUUUAAUUAGUUUUGUAAAAUGAAACUCUAUUUAUUGCAAGAAGCCAUUUUCCAUAUGCAAAAAUUCUAUUGUAAGAAGCAUGAACAGAAACAUAUUAUAUUAGUAAUAUUAAGAAUAACAACAAAACACAAAAGAACAUUAAGUGAACACAAGCAAAUUUAAGUAAAUAAGAAAAAUAAAAAAACUAAAGAAAA